AUGGAUUUGGCCUUGUCUUAUCCCGAGAUCGGGAUCCUCAUAAAACAUUCCCACAGGCCUCUAAACCCCAACCAGCCAAAGAUGGGAGGCAAGGGCAAUUCGGGAGGCAAGGGCAAUUCGGGAGGCAAGGACAUGGUGCUGCGGCCGCUCGCCGUUCUCUCCGCGCUGUCGUGCCUCGCUGUCAUCCACGGACAUCCCGGAGCGACAGGAGGGAGGCCAGUGACGAACCUCACCAUCGACAUCCGGAUGCCUGAAGCACGUCCUAACGAGGAAGAUGCAUAUCUGUGCACGUCCUGGCUGUCAGAGCUGGAUGACACAGUCUACAUAACGAAGUUCGAGCCCCUCGCCAGGGCGGACGUCGUGCACCACAUGCUCGUCUUCCUCUGCUCUCACGCCGACUCCCCCGGAACAAAAUGGUGCCGGGACUGCCGGCACCACGGGACCUGCAGCGAUUCGCGGAUCCUGUUCGCGUGGGCCAAAAACGCCCCCGCCCUCUCGCUCCCCGCCGACGUCGGCUUCCGCGUCGACCGCGGCUCCUACGUCACCGUGCAGGUUCACUACGCCAAGGCGUUUUCGUCCGGCGAGCCGCCUGACAACAGUGGCAUUCGGCUCCAUGUCAGCUACGAGAAACCCAAAAACGUUGCAGGAAUAUACUUGAUGGUGGCUUCAGACAUCCGAAUCCCUCCGAACACAGACAACGUGCACUCGGACAUCAGCUGUUUUUCCAAGUCGACCGCCCCGAUCUACGUGUUCGGCUGGCGGACGCACGCGCAUGACCUCGGCAAGGUCAUCACGGGUUAUCUGUACAACGACACGACGCACGAGUUCCGCGAAUUCGCGAGGGGGAACCCGCAGUGGCCGCAAGCGUUCUACCCGACGGAGAAGCCGCUGGAGAUCACGGCCGACGACGUGAUCGUCGCGAGAUGCACGUACAACUCCGUCGGCCGGAACCGCUGGACCCAUGUCGGCAUGACCCACAAGGACGAGAUGUGCAACCUGUACUUGAUGUACUACACGGAUGCCAGAAGCGGAAAGUCGUUUCUUAGCUGCGCCGACAAGGAGUUCCAGCUCGCUGCGCCCAUCCCGCCCGACUCGGACGACCCUCCGCCUCGUAAUCCGGCCUUAGAGGAGCUUGCAAAGGGCAAGGGCAAGUAAAGGUCGUUCUUUCAUCGGCCUGCAACAAGUUUAAUUUUGGAAAUAUUUUCUCAAGUUUCAAGAAUAGCUUUUGUCGAGAGGCAUUUACGGACAUUUCUCAAAUGGUAAUGUCCAUUUUCAAAACGUUUUAUUGACGAUUUUUCACAAUUCUACAGGACGUUCCAACAUCAAAACUGACAAAACUGACAAACUCCCUGACAAAACUGACAAUUCCACCGUUUCCGCUUCGUCGUUGUUAUUUGCGAGAAUGUGGUGCCGUUGAACGUGAAUAAAAUUGCCGCAGG